AUGUCGGCGGCUCCCGUUAUUAAAUCUAAGGGUAAAUCCAAGUCUGUAUUUAAAGUGCCAGCAAAAACUCCCGAAAUCUCUCCAUCCUCCACACAAACACUUUCACAAUCCUCGCCAAGGACGGAACCGUACGAAUCACCACCAAAAGAAAAUAGGAUAAUCCCUCAGGAGAUUAUUGACAAUUAUCGGCCGUGGGCCCCGCCUACUGAAGAACAACCUACCUUUGAAAAAAUAUGGGACCGACUAUUCUAUGAACCACAACGGAAGGAACAAGAAAUUGAACGAAGACGUGCAGAAGCUCGUGCUAAACUGCAAGCUGAGAUGGAAGCCAAACCAAUUGACUUCUUUUCUCAAUUCAAUGAAAUGGAAGAAUUCAAUCGUAUUCAUUUUGAUUAUAUUCGCCGAGGGCACGCUAAGAUUCGCGAUAAAUUUGGACCCUCACUUCCUGAACUUCCCUACCUAAUGAGUUUUCAAGAAAGCACAGACCCUAGUCUUCCAAAGCAACCAAAUGUAAAUGUCACUCCUCUUCACACUCGGAUGUUGACCAAGACGGACAAUCUCGGCAGGCAACAAUUUCCGGCGAAAUUACUUCCACCAAAUCGCAUUAUUGCCCAGCCUAAAUCUCGACUCAGGCAACCCUCCAUUGAUUCCUAA